AUGGAUACACCAUCAAAUCCCACUCCUCAACCCCCAAUCCAAAGCGUCAUUCCCUCCCAACCUCAACCAAAUCCUAAGGGGGGCAUCAAUGCCAUCACCCUUAGAUCUGGAACACAAUUAAAGGAGAAGGGAGCAAAGGACUCAAACCCUAUCACAAUCGCCCAAGAGGAGGAGAGAAUAGAUAUAGAAGAGAUAGUGGAAGAGGAGACACCACAAGUCAUAAUUGAGGAUGAAGCUCAACCAACAAAGGAGACCCCCAAGGCCAAGAGAACCUUGGAAGAAGAAAUUGCUCAACCACUCCCAUUCCCAACACUUGCGAAGAAAGCUAGGAAGCGCAUAGAACUCGACCCCAAAAUGGUAGAAAUGUUCAAGAAAGUUGAGGUAACCAUCCUUCUCUUUGACGCUAUCCAUCAAGUUCCUAGAUAUGCAAAAUUUCUAAAAGACCUAUGCAUGAACAAGGAUAGAAUUCUUGAAUUGGAAACCAUCCCGUUGGGGAGUUCUAUUUUCGCUUUAAUGGGAGCAUUGCCUGAGAAAUGUGAUGAUCUGGGCCCUUGUAUGGUCACUUGCACCGUCAAUGGAGUUCAAUUUAUCGAUUGUAUGUGUGACCUCGGAGCAUGUGUUAGCAUUAUGCCGCUCUCCGUCUACCGGGUAUUGAAGUUGCCACUACUAAAAAGGUUGACGGCAAGAUUUGUCCUAGCGGAUAAAAGCAUAUUAACCGUGACGGGUGUUGCGGAAGACGUAUUGGUGAAUAUCAAAGGGUUGGUGUUUCCAAUUGACUUCUAUGUCCUUGAAAUGCCAUCAAGCGAAACCGAGAGAGCAUCGUCUAUCCUACUUGCAAGACCAUUUUUGAGAACUUCUAGAUUUAAGCUAGAUGCUUACUCGGGAACCUACUCAUUUGAAAUAGAUGGGAGAGUUGUAAGUUUCAGCCUAGAAUCACUCUCUAUUUCGGUGUGA